AUGGUGGCCGCUGGAUUGCCGGUAGUAGGCGUCGCCAGAGGCGCAUUGCCGGAGACGGCCGGGCAAACUGGUGCAGCAACACUACUCAAUAGCCCGGAUGAGGCGACUAUCGCUCAUGCUGUUACGGAAUUGCUGAACGAUACUCAAGCACUACGCGCGCUGGGUAUGCGUGGGCGCGAACAGGCGUUGCGUCUCUACGGCGGUGACACGAUAGCGAGUGAUUGGCGUAAGCUACUCAACUCUCCGCCAGAGAAGGUCAACGCCCGCGAUAUGCGUCGCGUGGCGCAGAAACUUCGCGCCGUAGCGCGAGAACGGCUCAAACGUGUUGAAGACAACAUCUGGACACUAAGUCCGCUCGUGUUGCCUGCAUAUGGUUCUUCUGCCUUAGGAUCGAUCAGCCGAUACGCUCUCGCUCGUCAGGUCCGCGGAGCGAUGCGUCAGCUUGGGUUUGUGGAACCGAUCAACUGGGUGUUCAAUCCCACCGCUUCGACGGUGGCGGGGCGGCUAGGGGAGAGCCUGCUAGUCUACUAUUGCGUCGACGAUUACCUCCAUAUCGAAGGGGUCGAUCACGAAGCGGUUGGUCAGUUGGAAGAUCAAUUGUUGACGAGGGCGGAUGUGGUCGUUGCUUCCACCGAAAACCUCACCGUCGCGUCGGAAGUCGCUGAUUUACCCGGGCCGGUCUUUGGUUACUUCGGCUUAAUGAGUCAUGACUGGUUCGAUUGCUCGUUGAUCGAAGCUAUCGCAGACAAGUGGCCGCAAGGAUCGGUUGUACUGAUUGGCAAAUCGACGAUGGACCUCGGAAGCGUCUCCCGACGUUCCAACGUCCAAGUGUUAGGUCAGAAACCCUUCGCCGAGCUUCCGCGCUACUGCAAAGGUUUCGACGCAGCUCUGUUGCCAUUCCCACUGACGGAGUUGACACGGGCGGCCAAUCCGUUGAAGGUUCGCGAGUACCUCGCAGCAGGUUUACCGGUUGUUUCGACUAGCAUCCCAGAGGUGGAAUCUAUUGGCAGCUGCUUUAUAGGGGAUGGUCCCGAGGGAUUCGUCCAAGCGGCGCGGGCGGCGCUGGAGGGCGUCUUCCGGAAAGUGAUGAACCCAUCCCCUCCCGAUAAAGGCGCGCCGAUCGUAUGGAUUGCUGAAGACAUCCGCGCAAAGGCGGAAUGGCUGUACGGAUCAAGCACGUUCCGAAACACGGUCAAGGCGACUCUCACCGACGGCAGCCUCGCCAUGAUCCUCUAUCGCUGUAUGCAGCAAGCGACCCGCUGGAGGCUAUCGCCGGUUGCAAUGGUAAUCGGGAAGCUUAAUAACCUACUGGGUGGGUGUGUCAUUGGCAGGCGGGCUGACUUCGGACGACGGUUUGUUUUGAUCCAUUCUAACGGCGUCGUUAUCAACAGCAGUGUUCGUGGCGGAAGUGGCGUUCACAUUGAGCACCAGGUAACGAUCGGCGCCGAACGCCAGGAGUCACCGAUCGUGGGGAGCGGCGUUUUCAUCGGCGCUGGGGCCAAGGUGAUCGGCCCCGUGCGUCUCGGCGACGGCGUCAAGGUUGGCGCCAACGCAGUUGUCGUGCGUGACGCGCCCGCAGGUGCAACGGUCGUCGGGGCCGUGAUUGACCAGCGUAUCAAGAACGCCUUGGAGACGGACUACCCGUUCAAUCGGUUCGAGAUGCUUGUCGGCUCGGAUAGCAGCACCGAUAGAACGAAUGAGAUUGUCGCCGAUUGCGAGGAUUCGCGAGUGCGCCUGUUGGCGUUCGAGGAACGGGGAGGAAAGGCAUCGGUUCUUAACCGCGUUUGUCCAGAGGCGACAGGUGAGGUGCUAGUCUUCUCCGACGCAAAUACCUAUUUCCACCCGGAUGCGAUCCGUCAUCUUGUCGCGAUCCUUCUGGCGCCGGGUGUCCUCGGUGUCUGCGGGCGAUUGAUGCUGGUGGAUGACAAGAACACCGCCAAUGCCGAUGGGGUCUAUUGGCGUUAUGAGACAAGCAUCAAGAAAGCCGAGGGUCAGCUUGGCGCGGUGCUAGGAGCUAACGGCGCCAUCUACGCUAUUCGCAAGGAGCACUUUGUCCCGCUGCCUAGCAACACGAUCAUUGAUGACCUUGUUGGGCCGUUGAUGGCUAAGCUUCGCCACGGUGGCCGUCUCGUGUAUGCUUCCAACGCCGUGGCGACUGAAGAGGCGGCCCACGACCUAAGGGCCGAGUUCCGUCGUCGCUGCCGGAUCGGGGCUGGCAACUUCCAAUCCCUCGAAUGGCUAUGGCCUGUGCUCAGCCCGACGCGCGGUUGGACUUGCCUCGCAUUCUUCUCGCACAAGCUCCUGCGCUGGGUGACUCCCCACUUGAUGAUCCUGGCGUUCGUGAGCAACCUCUGGCUGGCUUCACGACCUUUCUAUGCAGUUCUUUUAAUCGUGCAGGUGCUGUUCUAUUCGGCGGCGAUUGUCGGACCGAGAUUCACCUCUCUCGGCAAGUCGUGGGCGGUAAUCCGAUUGGCCGAGAUGUUCGUCGCGAUGAACAUUGCUCUGCUUGUCGGCUUCUUACGCUGGCUGCGAGGAGACUUGAGUGGAACUUGGCGGCGCACAGCACGAGGCGAAGCCACGUCUUCAAUCGCACUUGGCGCCACCAAUGCGGAUGGAUAG